ACCUCUCUUAUUUCCUAACAAGCUUUUCUUAGCUUUCACCAACAACAUUAUCGUUUCGACUCAAAAUUAGCAAGACAAUAUGAAGGCCUUUAAGGUUUUAAUUGUCUUAGCCCUUCUUAUGGCCCUUUUUAUCACUCUUUCUUAUGCACAACCCAAAAACAACGACGAGAAAGCCGCUAAGAAAGGCCAGGAUUUUGAAACAAUUGAUUCCUAUCAAGGGUCGAGUCGUUUUCUGAAUUCAAAGAAACACCAUUACUAUAUGAAUCCAUAUAAAUCACGCGGUGGUUAUAACGCGCGUGCCCAUUUGACAUGCGAUAGAUUUCCAAGAGUUUGUCGCGUCAAAGGAAGCCCAGGUCCCGAUUGCUGCUGGAAGAAGUGUGUUAAUGUAAAAUCUGAUAAACUUAAUUGUGGAAUGUGUGGGCGAAGGUGUAGAUACCCUGAGACUUGUUGCAAUGGGAGGUGUGUUAACCCAUUUUAUGAUAAGAAGAACUGUGGAGGUUGCCACAACAAGUGCAAGAGAGGGAGCUUUUGCUACCGUGGCAUGUGCAGCUAUGCUUAGAUACAAGCAUAUACUGAUAUACAUGAAGAAUACAGCAUAUUAGCGAAUGGAUGUCCAUAAUGUUCUAAGUUGAAAAGUAUUUAAUUAAUUUCUGAAAUUUUCUUAUGACAAAUAAAUGAGGUAGCUAUCCCAACUAAGCUAGGAUGGUGCAUGGAAGUUCUAGCAAAUUAAAAUUUGCUUAUUCUUUUCAUUUGUAUUUAUUGUAUUGUUAUGAUAAGAAGAAAUGUAUACUAAUAUUGUAUCAAGUUAUCAAAGAUAGUAUUGUUUUGAAGA